AUGACGUCCCAAAUUGUCAAUACCCACAAGUAUCCCUUUCAUUUCGAUAAUCCUGUCAAGGUCAAUGACGAGAAGGUCCAUCCAAAUGAGCUAAGGGAUGUCACUCUCCGUCUCCCCAAUGUUCGCGGAGAGAUCCCAUCCAUCCAGGCCUCUCGCAUGCGAACUAUGAUCCUGGAAUCCCACCGUGACCCCUCCAAGAUUGCCGCUCACGUUUGUACAUAUGACGGGCUUACAUCGCGGCUCGUGGAAGAGGCCGGGUUUCCAUUUGUUUUCCUGGCUGGAUAUGCUGUUGCUAGUUCAUAUGGUCUCCCGGAUACUGGAUACAUUGCGCUGCAAGAAGUCUGCGAUAAGAUCCAGGAAGCCGUUCGCCAAGUUUCUGUCCCUGUCAUGGCAGAUGGUGACACCGGAUACGGGUCGCCCAUGAACGUUAGGAGGACUGUGGAAUGUUUUGCUCGUGCCGGUGCCGCCGGUAUUAUGAUCGAGGACCAAACUUGGCCUAAGCGAUGUGGCCACACGAAAGGCAAGUCGGUCGUUUCAAGGGGCGAAGCCUUUGCCCGUAUGCAAGCUGCCGUUGAUGCGCGAAAUGAAGGGUUGGAUAUUGUCAUCCAAGCUCGUACGGAUUCUUACAACACGCAUGGUUGGGAGGAAGCUAUCUACCGCGCCAACGAGUUUCUCAAGAUUGGUGUGGAUUUGGUGUUUAUCGAGGCUCUUCCCGAUCGUGAAUCGAUGACGCGUGCUGUGAAAGAAGUCAAUGGGCCUAUCUGCGCGAACAUUAUCGAAGGCGGAUUGACGGAGAAUAUGUCUGCCCAGGAGCUUGCUGAAAUUGGCAUGUGCACCGUUGCGUACCCGUGGACACUGGUUGCAGCUCACUUGAAGAGUACCAGGGAGGCCAUUGAGAGCUUGAAGGAGAGGUUCACCAUCGGCAAGCCCGAGCAAAUUCUGAGCUAUGAGGAAGUCUGCUACGGAGUGGGAUUCAACAAGUACUGGGCGUUGGAGGAGAAGUAUAAGUUUGACGCCAAUGGCCUGACGAACCAGGGUACUUCGUAA